CAACAACGGGUCCUUCGCACAGUCCAUCCAUCCAUUCAUUCAUGCAUGCAUGCAUUCAGUCUGGUCCUGUUGUCAUCCAGGGAGAUAUCUAAGUGAGUGGGUGUUUUCCAGGGUUCCAACUCCGACGGUUGACCUGGACGGGUCUCGGACUGCUACGGCCGCACAGGCGCCCCACCACCGGGGACCUCGGGCGUGUCCUUGAAUUAAGGGUCGCGUCCUGGCCUAAAGGGUGAGUCGGUGGAAAUCCGUGGGAAAGCCAGCCAGCCCAGUUUGGGCUCUGUGGUGAGUGAGUCAGACGGGCUAGAGGGUCAUGGUGGCUGGGCACCGGGUACCGCCCUGAGGUCUCGGCGCGCGACAGAUGCUCACCGAUGGCCCGCCCGCCCCGCCCUCAAGCCGGGCUUCACUGGUUGCAUCUGGACGGCAAAGGCGCCCGACCGAAACUGGGCCACCUCCGAGACACUCUACUCUGGCUGGAAAACACCCUAGGGACCGGGAGCGGCCGACCCACUUGGGGUCUGGUCCUCGAGCUCGAAGACCAAUGGCCUUUGGCCCACCAUCCUCGGGUGGGCUUGGCUUUUUCGGCCGCCGACCCGGCUGGCCCCGACUCCCAGUCGGAACCCGACUCGGGAGCCGACUCGGGAUUGCCCCCGAUUCCCGGGGCCAGCCCAUCGGCCGAGUCGGAUUGGGCCGGCUUCUUGCAAUUUGUUGACCGAGUUCUGGGCUGGCCCAUGAUCGCGCUCAUCCAAACGGCCGGUCACGCCGAGUUCGUGUUGAAGCACGAAGCCUGGCGCUCGUUUCGCGAGGUCCAGACUUACGCCCAAUGUUGGGAUUGCUCCGGUCGGUCCAGCAGCGUGUAUGAGUGGCUUCAGGCCUACGCCUCGGCCGUGGUUGAGUACGUGCAAGACACGGUGGGCGUGCCGCUCUUCGCGCUCCAUCUGGGCGGGGACGAGGUGUGGCAAUUGGGCCAAGGGCCGGCCUCGCAAGCCGAAUGUUUGGCGCGUGCCUGUCAGCCCAUAGAUUUGUACUUGGAUCAUUUGACGCGCCUGGCUCGGUACUUACACGCCCGCUAUCCCACCUUGCGCUUACUCUUUUGGGACGAUAUGUUACGCUCGGUGCCUCUGGCCCAGCUCCUGCCCCGGCGGGCCAGUUUAUGCCGUUUGGAGCCCGUGGUCUGGCAAUACACGCCCCAAUUGAACCUGUCCCACUUGUGGCCCAAAUACGAUCAGCUCUUCUCGCGGAUUUGGGCCGGCUCGGCCUUCAAGGGCGCCACGGCCAGUUGCGCCAAAGUGCCUCUGCUUCAACAUCACAUUCAGAAUCACCUGUCUUGGCACGCGGAAAUUCGAGAGGCUGUCCCGGCCGCCAAAUUCCAGGGCCUGAUCUUCACCGGGUGGGCGCGCUUUGAUCAUUUCUCGGCCUUGUGCGAACUCUGGCCCGUGGGCCUGCCCAGUUUGGUCUGCUGUCAUCGGGCCUUCGUCCGAGGGGCGUUCACCGAGCCCGAUCGGGUCGACUGCUCCCGUUUGAUCGGACUCCCCGCCGAGGUGCCACUGGUCACCCAUACUUGUCCCAGUGUCCCACAUCCGGCUCAGGAUUGGCCGCUCACUUUUCCGGGCGGAAGUGUCUUCUUACUGAUGAACGAGUUUGUGGUCUUGGAGCACGAGAUCCAGACUUUUUUGGCGUCCGACGCCUUGGCCACCUGGUUUUCCCCCUUCCAUCAGGCCCAUCCCCGCCGAGUGUCGAAUCUGCACGUGUCGCCUCUACUCAGUCAAUGUUCAAAUCUAAAAUCGCGUUUGGACUCGUGGUGGCCUACCUUCAAUCGGGCAGCUCGUCCGAUCCUUUUCGAUCAAGAUCGACAAGAAUGGAAAAUGUCUUUUGUUGAUGGUCCACUCGACCGCUUGACCGAUUUGAGCCGGAAAAUGACGCAUUGUUUAAAUCUAGUCAGAAGAAGCAUGGCAGCCACCAGCUCCGGUGAUCGCAAAGGCGGUCUCCACCCCAUGGCCGCCGUUUCACUCGAUAAGCCCACCAUGGAAGAAGUAUUGGAACGCCUCUUGGACGCCAAGUUCUCUCGUAUCGAAACUCGAUUGUCGGCCUUGGAGAGACAGAACGAGGCCUUGAUCAAGGCCUCCAAUGAAGAGGAGAACAAGUCCAAUCAGGUGCUCAAAGUGGUGAAUACCCGUUUCAGUGAGAUCUCUUCUCAAGUGGCCAAAGUGAGCUUGGGAGUGACUAAACAUGGGAAUGCUUCCAUCCCUGGUGGGAGUGAUGCCCACACAAUCCCCAGGUUGGAGGGACUAGAAAAGGGCUUAAAGGCCCUCAGUGAGGACAAACGAGCGUUAGAAAUGAUGACCACUUUGGACAAGAAAGUGACGGCCAUGUCCAGUAAAUUGACCUUCAUGGAUACCAAAGUGAACAAGCUCGCGCUCAUCGAGACGAAAGUUAGUAAGUUGCCAUCAAUUGAGGAGAGAACGGCCCAGAUGAACGCGUCGCUUCUCCAAUUGACUAGUCUGCCCCACCCCGUGAACACGAGUUACCCGCCCCCUCCCCUUCCCAUGAGUUCUUUGAGCGCCAGAAAUACGGAGGAAAGCUUGCGUUAUCUCAUCGAGAACAAGUUCAAGGAGUUGCCCACCAUAUUGGGCACCACCGAGUUGCAAGCCAUGGCUCCCAAGGUGCAGCAACUCCAAUCCAAUUUGGAGGUCCUACUCACGGGCGAAUCCGAGGCGAAUGCACUCAUUGACAAGCUUUUACCCACGGUGAGUGACCUCAAGCGCGAUCUUGACGCCCUCAAGACGAGUCAAGGCCAACAAUUCAGGACCAUUACUCAAGAUCUGUUUCCCAAAGUGGACUCGGCCGUGUCAGAUUGUUACGCCAAGUUGCAGAGUGUCUACGACAAGGCCUCCGAUGCCAAGGGAUAUGCCAAAGAUGCCGCUGACUUGGCCGAGGAUGCCAACGAGAAACUGAACAAGGUCCAAAAGACGCUGGCCUCGUCCGGAGUCUCAGUGGUCUCUUCCACUAGUGAUCAUCACCAGAAGAAGAGGAAAUCCUCCUCCAUCUUGGCCGGACCUUCCAUUUCGGGAGGAGCCAUGGGGGGCCCAUCCCGAUCCCGAUCCCACAGCCUGGAUAGAGAGGAUCGCAUUCCCGCCGAGCAAAUAUCACGCUUGCAAGCGUCGGUCGAGCAACUGAAGAAAGAGAUCCGGAAAGUGGACGUGAUGGAUCUGGUGGAGGAGCGACUCAUCCCCAAUGUGUUUACCAUCCGCAAGAACAUUGACAUCCUUAUGCAGAAGAAUCACCUGGAAGUUGGCGGCGGCGGCGGCGGUGGUGGCGGUGGUGGUGGAGGUGCGGGAAGUCGCGAUCGAGGAUCCCGGCCUCAGUUUCGCUCCGUCCAUGAUCCGCCGACAUUGAGCGGUCCCAGGGGCGGAUUCCGGGGAAGAGGUGUGCCUGGAUUCCGCCGGAGCACCGCCAGACGUUUCAUUCCGGGCACCAAGUGGACCUAUGAUGAGCGGGGAGUGCGAGAACAAGACUCAGAUGAAGAGAUCGAGUUCCGUGGAUCCCCCAAAUCCCGGUCCCGAACUCGAUCUCGAUCUCCGGCUCGAUCCAAUUCUCGGCCCCGCAGACGCCUCUCCGAGGACGAGAACAACGAUGACAGCGACGACGGCGAGAUUGUCAUCAUGGAGAGGCAGAUUGGGAAGAUCUGGUCGGCUGUGGAAAGUAUUCAGACCAAGAUGGAUUCCUGUCUGAAGCAUUCCAAGAAGAGCGCCAUCAAGGGGGACGAGAACAUGGAAAUCACGCUCAAGAAACUCAGUGCCAUCAAUGGAGCGGUGGAGGCGUUGCGGGACACGACAGAGGAUGAAUUCAAGAACGUCAUGGAAAAGGUCAGGUCGGAAGAAGAGUCUCCUCGCAAAGUGAGCACUCUUCUCCGACAAGAGAUGGCCAUGGCCGAUCGUGUGGGUUUGGAUGAGAUCCGCAGUCUUUUCAAGAACCUCGAACUCAAAGUGGACGCCAAGUACAACGAGUACUAUGGGGCCAUGGAGGCCACCUCUGAUCAGCAUUGCGCUCAAAUCAAGGAGGUCCUCCAAGAAGUCAAGAAAGUGGACGUGGUCAUCGAGCGGACGAAGGCCUUGAGAAAGAGCACUACCGACUAUUCGCAGACUGGUCUUCAAAUGGCGGCUUUGCUCAAGAAAAUCGAGUCCAACACGGCCAAACUGCCAUCGGUUGACUCAUGGUCAUCAUCGGAUUCGUCAUUGGUGUUGCAACUGAAAGAGAUUCAACCCAAGCUGGACUACCUCUAUGUCAAGAUCCUACCCACUUUGGAGGACUUGAAGAAGGCCUUCCGCAAAAGUGUUCCCUCACAAAUGUCUGACAUGGAAGAACUGGCCAAAUUGGAACAACGUCAACUGCUCCAAAAAAUUGCUGAUGGCAUCCAAGAAGUCAAGGAGCUCAACAAGGCCAACAAAAAGCAAGAUCAAGUCGGUUUGGCGCCCAUUCAUGAGAACUCCAUCAUGCAGUUAUACAACGCCAUCAACGAGUUGAGGAACAAAGAGCAGAACCACUUCAAGAUGACCUCGGAGAUCAAGACAGAGACGUUGAAAAUGAGCAAGCUCCUCACGGAUCCCGCUCGUGUCAAGAGUCAGGAGAAGCAAAUAUCCAAGACCUUUUUGGGCGUUGAAGAGCUCAAGAAAUCCUCAGCUUCCGAUGGCAAGACCCUCUCGCAAAUGAACACUGUCCUUCAAGGCCUCAAAGCCAGUACUUCGGCCCAAGAGGCCAAGGUGUCCAAUUUGUUGCGCGAGCUCAAGGAGCAGAUCCUCGGCAUCCGAACCGACGUUCAAGAGUCCAUAACCGACUUUAAAAGCGAGCAGUUCGGUGCCAAUGAUGAGCUGAAGAAUCUCGUUCAAAUGGUGGAACAGCCCAAAGACCAAAGCGCGAUUGAAAAUGCCCGGAGGCUCGAGAUGGAACAGAUUUUGAAAGAGGUCCGCGACACGGUGGGGACCAUCCAAAGUGCAGCCAAACCGGACCCGGAUCUUGAGGAAGCCAUGAACAAGACCCUAAAGGCUGGUGUGUCUGAAAUUGAGGAGUCCCUAAAAGAGUUCCUUGAUGCCAUGAAAGCCAACUACGAGGAACAUUGUGCUGAGAUCCAAGGGCAUUGUCAGGGAGUGGAAAUCAAACUAUCGACCCUGAACUCACCAGCUCCCAUGACCUCAGAUUCUCAGACUACUAUAGGCACGAAGGCGAACUCUGCCAGUGCAAAUAAGGCCCUCAAAUCCGCUCAGUUUGAGUACAACUCGCUCCUGGAAGAUUUGAACGACAAGGUAGAUGAUCUGGGAAAAGACAGCCUCAAAGGGUUCCAACAGCUCGCUGACGAAAUGAACAAGUUCAAGGGCGUCUCCUCUGAGAUUCUGAACUCGGUCGAGGACAUGAAGCAACUUGCCAGUAGCAUGCCAAACGCACUCCACGAUCUCGUUCCCAAAAUUGAGCAAAUUGCCAAGGAGGUUCACGAGAUCCCCAAUGCCACUUUGGGAAAUAACGCCUGCCUCGAGGAGAAUCUGUGCGCCAAUCUGGAUAAGCUCAUCAAGGAGGAGCACGAGAAGACCAUGACCAAGAUCAGCGACAAAUUCGAGACCAUGGAUCACCGUUUAGCUGUUAUUCGUAAGUACGCCAAGCAUGGACCAGCAGUAGGUUCAGGAGGAUUAACCAAUAGCCAAGACAGUCCCUCCCCCCACGUGGCUCCGGGUGGCUCUGUGGACCCGCCCCAUUCGGCCAGUAGCUUGGAUCGAGUCAUGAGUCACAUCUCUCUGGAAUGCCAACGACUAGCUGCCAGUCCAGCUAGUCAGUCUGAAUCCAUGGCCCACUUCAACACGGCCAUGGAUCGCUUGUUGCCCAUGGUCGAGGAUAUCCACGCCAUGGAUAAGCAACUCAUCCAAGACAUGGCCCGGGAGGCUGUGAUUGAAGACCAAAUGCAAGUGGUGGCCGACACCAUUCUACAGGAGUUCAACAAGAUGCCACCCGUCCUGGACAAGAUGGUCUUCCUCUUGGAGAACGACUUCCACUCUCUCGUGGAACAAAGCCUCGUCCAAGCCUCCACUUCCAAUUCCACUUCCAGCGGCAAAAGCGGUCCAGGCAAUCCGAACGCCGGGGCUCUGCUUUCGAUCAUGAAGACGGAAGAGAAGCUCAUGGCCAAACAGAACGAGUGCAUGGCUGUCCUCACCGAAAUGCAAAAGGCCAACGCUCGACACGAUGAGAAUCUCCGGGAUAUUGGCGAGGUCAAGGCCACCGUUUACAAUCUUAGUCAGGACUUGUCCCCCGCCAAGACCAACGAAGCGGUCAAGAAGCUGGUUGAGUACUUGAAACGGGUCCAGAAUGCGCAAAGUCAAAUCUUGGAGCGGGCGGAUCGUUCCAUUCAUUUCCAAACCACCCUCAACGAUAUCUUCAAGAAGCUCGUCCCAACGCUUGAAGUCAUUCAGAAUUGCUUGGACGAGCGCGAAGGUCAGAAUCUCGACUCCGGGGAUCUGAGCAAAUUGUGUGCGGAUCUGCAGGAGAAAAUUAGUGCUUUAGAUGAGCUGGAGAGCGAGCUAUCAGCCCCGAAAACCCAAACUUGCGAGGACCUGCGCGAAUUAGUUCAAAUGAUUGUCAAGGUUUUGGACCGGCUCUUAAAGGACAAAGAUCUCGUCAUGACCGAAGAGGAGCCCAUGGUUCUUGUUCAGGAAACACAAUUGCCGCCAAGUCCGGAAUGGAGUGCACCCAAGCCCGUGAGAAAUCGGAACCCACCAGGGGUGAGGAAACGAAAAGGUCGCGCCCCGAAGGAAGGCCCAACCAAGACCCGUCCGGGGGCCUUGUCAACGGCGGGUGCCAAACGGAAACGCGGCAAACUGCCUGGUCCAACAAUGGCGCCCAAACGAGGCUCGGUUCGUACCCCAAGACUGAAUUACUCGGAAGAGGCUGAAGAGGAGGACGAGGACGCGAAAAUGCUCGUGCCAGCCGGACAAGGGCAGCAGACCGCCGAAUCUAAUUUGGAGCCGGAAGCGGCCGAAGUGUCCGGGCCUGGACUUGGCGUUGUGAAUGAUUCUGUUCCGGACCCGAAUCUUGUCAGUCGUAGGCGACCUUCCCUAAGUAUUAACAUGUCUCCCAGUACGUCUUCUUCCGCCGUAGUAUCCCCGCCAGUCAACAAGCCCAAACCCCGGAAACGGAAGUCCAAAGUCGAGCCGGAGAUGACGAAUCGCGGAAGCGUCCUGAGGACAGCCGAAGUGCGGCUCAGGAAAAGUGACGUGGACAUUGUCCUUGGCGAGAAUCCCACUGCAGAUGCGGGCGUUGUCCUGCCGCCUAAAAGACGUCCAAUGCCAAAGAGUAAAGCCUUGGCAGCCUUGUCAGGUAACCCUUUGGCCACCGGAGUGAUUUCUGAACCGGGGUCCAUGGGGGCGAAUUCCAUGCCAUUGGCCAAUGCUGCCAAUUCAGACAUUUCACACAAACCCUCAACGUCGACACGUCAGUCCUUCAAUUAAGGAAGGUGUAAAAAAUGCGCGGGAAAAUCUACUCCUCACAACAAUGCAAACGCGCUCUCCAAGUAAAUAAACACACAUACACACCCAAAGGAAUCGAAGAAUAGAAUUCGUCUCGUGAAAUUGUUCUUUUACAUGCAUUCAAUGACUCUUGGUGUUUGUGAUGACUGGAUUGCCACGUCAACUUUCUACUGCGACUUAGCGGUUUCAUCUCAGGAUUUCACAUCCCCAUCGGCUCGUGAUGUUUUAAUGCGCCCACUUUGAUUGUCAUAAUAAAACGGAUUAAUAGUGCUAGGUAUCUUGUUUGGACCACUCCAUCCAUCGUGGAACAACAGUCCAUCUUUUGCCUACACAUAAGUUUAGAUAUUAUCAUUAUUUUUUGUCGUAAGGAAUCACGAAAAACAAGGAAAAUAAGAAAAUAAAAAGUAUGAUCAAAUCA